CCAUCCCAAACUCCAAAGUGUCUCUGCUAAAGAAAAGAAAGGCGACUGGUGAAGGAAGGAACAAAAAUAUCAGAGAGGUGUCCUGAUGCCUGGGCGGAGCAUGUGCUAGGUGCUGAGAGGACUAAAAGUGGUGAGAAGUCUUCUACCCUCGAGGGGUUUACAGUCUAGACUAUGACACAAAGUGGUUGUCUGGAAUUCUGGUAAUGGCCAUAGGGACCCAGGCUCUCAACUUGAGGUUUCGGAGGGAUUGUGAUCAUCACCACAGGUGCCGUUGUAACAAGGAUGGGGAUCCUUCUGAGGAGUUGUUGAAGUGGAACAGUAUGCCCUCCGUACCCUUUGAAGUCCCCAGAAACUUGCAGCUCCCAAAUACCAAGGUCCCUGAACCCUUCCAAUGCCGGGCCAGCCCAGAUGGACCCCUCAAUUCCAGGGCCAUCUCUCCCUGGAGUUAUGAGUUGGACCGGGAUGAAAACCGGCUUCCCCAGGACUUGUAUCAUGCCCGCUGCCUGUGCCCUCACUGCGUCAGCCUGAAGACCCGGGACAUUGACCAACGUGGGAACUCCGAGCUACUCUGGCACAACCAGACUGUCUUUUAUCGGCGCCCGUGUCACAGUCGUGGUGCGGGGCGGGGAAGUGACUGUUAUUACCUGGAGCGAAAGGUCUACCCCGUCUCCUUCGCCUGCAUCUGUGUUCUGCCUCGGAUGAUGGCCUAGCCCAGGAGUUGGGUGCCAGGGCAGAGACCCAGCUCCACGCCUGGGGGAGUGCUGGAUGAGCACCAGUUUCUGGGCGUCAGGUUUUUCACCUGGAAACUUGGAGCGCAGGCGAAGAUAAUUGUGGUUAUUAGCACCACUGCCUUGUUCCAGGGCCAGAAGCCUGGUACUUCUGUUCCUUCCCUUUGCCAAA